AUGUCUUGCGAUAAAGAAUCAGAAGUUGCCAAAGAAUUUCUUAAAGCUCAUGAUGAAAGUCGACGCGAUGAUUUUCAAACAUUGCUACAUCCUCAAGCAAUUUAUACAGCUCAUGCUUUAAAUUAUGCAAACCUCUCUAAUCUAUUCCGAUUAAAAGAAUUGGAUAUUGCUGAUGAAUGUUACAAGUGGUAA